GGGCACGCGGAGCGGCUGGUUGGGUGUCAGUAGUAGAUUAGCUCAGUUUGUGUUUAUAUUGUUUAGCAACCGAUCAGCCGGACUACCGACCGGCCGGACCCACCGGAGCGGCGAUAGGUAAACACCGGGGUUAAGCUCAUCAAUGCUAUGGCUGCCUCAGACGUCACCAAAAUGUGGUGGAAACUGCAGGACAUGGUGGCCCACUCCAGUAAAGUGUCCUCGCUGGUGUUGGGUAGAUCAGGCCGCUUGCUGGCUACUGGAGGAGAGGACUGCAGGGUCAACAUCUGGGCCGUCAACAAACCUAACUGCAUUAUGAGCUUGACGGGCCACACCAGCCCACUGCAAUGUGUUCAGUUCAGCAGCACAGAGGAACAGGUGGUGGCCGGCUCUGAAUCGGGCUCUUUAAGAGUGUGGGACCUAGAAGCUGCUAAAAUACUCCGGACGUUAAUGGGACACAAGGCUAAUAUCUGCAGUCUAGACUUUCAUCCUUUCGGAGAGCACAUCGCCUCUGGCUCUGUGGAUACUAACAUUAAGCUGUGGGAUGUAAGGAGGAAAGGAUGUGUCUUCAGGUAUAAGGGUCAUACUCAAGCAGUACGCUGUAUAUCCUUCAGUCCAGAUGGAAAGUGGCUUGCUUCAGCCAGUGACGACAGCACAAUUAAGUUAUGGGAUUUAACAGCUGGGAAGUUGAUAACAGAAUUUACAGCUCACACAUCAGCAGUCAAUGUAGUCCAAUUUCACCCUAAUGAGUAUCUUCUGGCCUCGGGCAGUGCUGACAGGACGGUGAAACUGUGGGAUUUGGAAAAAUUUAAGCUAAUCGGCUCAUCAGAAGGAGAAACGGGACCUGUGAGGUGCAUGUUGUUUAGUCCUGACGGCAGCUGUCUGUACAGUGGAUCAGAGGAUGCUUUGCGAGUUUAUGGAUGGGAGCCAGACCGCUGCUUCGACGUGGUUCAUGUAGGCUGGGGCAAAGUCGCUGACUUUGCGAUCUGCAACAGUCAAAUGAUUGGUGUAUCGUGCAGCCAGAUGAAUGUCAGCUCUUAUGUCGUGGAUCUUAGCCGAGUGAAGACGUCAGGAUCUGUGAUUCAGGGAUUGAUUGAGGAUGAUAAGCCGCUUGCAGCACCAACUUCUAAAGGACCAACGUUAAGGCGUAAUUAUGAGAGACCAGCUACGACCUGCAACACACAGAAAAUGAAACAGCAUUCAGAUGCAGACAGGCGCAGUCCAGAGGGGGAGAGGCGGAGCCCAAGCAGCGAUGAUGAGCAUGACGACAAGGAGAGCAAUGCAGAAAUCACAAACCCAGAUGACUAUAAAGAGAUCUUUCAGCCUCGCAAUGCCAUCUGUGAGACAUCCCUACGCACACCUCCCAAAAAAAGCGAACCUUUCCCUGCACCGUUUGUCGAGGAACGCUAUCCUGUGAAGCCCAGUCCAGCUGCAGAGGUUUUUACUCCAAUACCUGACAAACUAAAAGCUUCAAAUGCCACCUCCACUCCGAUUCUGAGAGUGGAGCCCACAGUAGUGGCCUCGACUUCAGCACGUCCUGUCUCUGUGGUAACUGCAUCCGUCGCUUUGCCCUCGAGAAAUAUUGUACCGACAUCCAAACAGAAACCAAGUCCAGUUGUUAUUCCCUCUGCAUGCAAUGAGCUGGUCGGCCUUAAUGUGGGUGAUUUCUUACCACCUACCAGGACUGGUAAGACCAGCGUCACAGCAGAUGAUGAGGCUCUAAAUCAGAUCAGAAAAGGACAUGAAACGAUGUGCGUGAUGCUGACCAGCCGACACAAGAAUCUUGACACGGUCAGAACUGUCUGGACUGGUGGAGACAUCAAGACAUCACUUGACUCUGCUGUUUCCAUCAAUGAUCUGUCCAUCGUGGUGGACAUCCUCAACAUUGUCAACCUCAAACCAUCACUCUGGAAACUUGACACCUGCACCACCAUUUUGCCUCAGAUUGAAGAGCUGCUGCAGAGUAAAUACGAGAGUUAUGUGCAGACUGGCUAUGUGUCUUUAAAGCUGAUUUUGAAGCGCUUUUGGCCGUUGAUCUCAGAGACGCUGACGGCUCUUCCAUCUGUUGGAGUGGACAUCACACGGGAGGAGAGGCAUCAGAAGUGCAAGGCCUGCUAUAAACAGCUGAAAAACCUCAGUAACAUUAUAAAGAACCGGGCAGAGCAAGUUGGUCGCCAUGGCAGCACUUUUAAAGAACUUCAGCUACUUAUGGCCCCGUUGGACUACUAACAGUGACACACACACACACACACACACACACAUAUAUUAAAUGGUCUAGGUGAGUCCUCGAUGGACAAAAGUGUAUAGAGUAUGAAGUGUAAUCAGUCUUCAAAAAUAUAAAUUAUAUAAUCAUAACCUAUCUCUAAACUGUGGGCAACAUUCCAAGGAAAAAGGCAACUCUUUCAAUUUUUUAUUAGUCGAUUCAAGUUUGUUAUAUAUUUUGCACAUAUAAUAGAACUGUAAACACUAAAGUUUUCCAAAUAAAAUACUUCUUUGAUUA